ACGCGACAAAUUCCAAAAUUAUCCAACAAUCGUUGGUUAUUCACACUUGUUAUUCAGUGGUCUAGACACAGAAGCUUGAUGAGAUCGUUUUGUUAUAAUCCAUGACUCGUGAAUGCGGAGGAAAAGAGCUUUUAAAGUUUAGAGAACGCUGGGAUUUGUCGCUGUUUUAGAGGAAAAUUGCAAGUUAUAUUCGACCCACCAUGCCGAUUUUAGCAGAUACAUCUCGUGCUGCAGAAAUUUUAGAUGGUCUUCAACAGAAGCUCAAGUCUCAAGGAGACACAGAGAACGAUGAAGAACUUGAAAGGAUCAAACAGAUGCUCGAAAGCCCUCUGUUUAGACAACUUUUGAUGAUUCAGCAGUCAGUGAAAGAACUGAACAGGAAACUUACACAUUCACCACCAGAUUCAGUAAAGGAUUUUGACUUCUCUCCCACAGGAGAGCUUGUAUUUCCACACCAUUCUGUAUCAGACAGCGAAGAGGUGGCAGUUACAAAUGCACCACCUUCUACAGCAGGCGUGUUCAAUCAAGAACCCAAUCACUAUGAAUCAGUCACAAUGGAUGAUCAUUCAGAGGAUUGGCUGAAUGCAUCAUCAUCAUACCAUUAUACAUCCACUGACCCUGCCGUUGAAGCAGACUAUGAUUUAACCAUUGACAAUCGAGAUCAAGUCAUGGCAGAGCUUAAGAAGUCCAAAUUUGCCAAUAGUGAAGACUUUCAAAAAGGGAUAGAAACGCUGGCACAGGGUCGAGAAAUUGAAACAGUGAAGUUGAUGAAACCAGAUCAAGGUGGUUUGGGUUUCAGUGUUGUGGGACUGAAGAGUGAAAAUCGAGGAGAGUUGGGCAUCUUUAUUCAAGAGAUACAGCCUGAUGGUGUUGCAGGAAGGGAUGGAAGGUUGCAAGAAAGUGACCAGAUUCUUGCCAUAGAUGGCAAACAGCUCGACAGCGGAAUGACUCAUCAGCAGGCUAUUGGAGUUUUGCAGCAAACUAGUGGUGAAGUUGAACUGAUUGUUGCUAGAGGUGGAAUUCCACGCUCAAGGAAUCUGUCACGCACUACUUCUGGAGCAAGUUCAGCAUUGUCACGGACACCUUCAGAUGUCAGUACUGUUUCACAUACAUCUGUGACAGUACCUGCUGGGGAUGGAGAGAACUUGCGACACAUUGAAACUGUUGAGCUCCACAAUGACGGGUCAGGUCUGGGGUUUGGUAUUGUGGGUGGAAGAAGUACAGGUGUUAUUGUGAAGACCAUACUUCCUAGAGGUGUUGCUGAUAGGGAUGGGAGAUUGCGCAGUGGUGAUCACAUUCUUCAAAUUGGAGAAGUAAAUGUUGGCGGUAUGGGAAGUGAACAGGUCGCCCAGGUUUUACGUAAAGUUGGACAGCAUGUGAAACUUGUUAUUGCUAGACUGGUAACUGAUGAAUCCAACAUUGAUGCGUCCUCCACAGUAGAGGAAGGCAAAGAUGUGGAAGCGUUUGAUGUUGAACUGGUAAAGGACAGUAGAGGCCUGGGAAUAACCAUUGCUGGAUAUGUCGAGCAGUCUUCAGCGGAAUUGUCAGGAAUUUUUGUAAAAAGUAUUGCAGAAGGAAGCACUGCUGCUGUCGAUGGAAGGUUAAGGAUUAACGACCAAAUCAUUGAGGUUGAUGAUGUUAGUCUGCAUGGUAAAAAUAACCAACAAGCUGUGGAAAUUCUGAAACAAACUGGACCAGUUGUUCGACUGAAGGUAGCUCGGCAUGUCAAGCACAGCCUCAGUAGACAACAGACUCCCGUUGAUGAGUAUCAUCCAACUACAUCACUAAGUGCCCAGUCUAGUGCAAGUCUGGCAGAGUCUUCAGUGAAGCGCCUGAAUUCAGCUGCUUCUGAAGGAAAGCAUCAUACUGAUCCAGAAAAUGUUAAAGAACAUUACAGCCAUUUGGUUGGAGACGGUGUGGAUGUUCUGGUUGCAGAUAUUUCCAAAUUCCACGAAGGAGGCGGCCUGGGGAUCAGUUUAGAAGGAACUCAGAAUCCACACGAUGGUUCCCUGCCGUGGCACAGAAUCCAUGCUGUUAGUCCUGAGGGACCGGUGGGUCAGAAUGGAAUUGUCAAACCCGGUGAUCAUCUGGUCGAGGUAAAUGGUGUCAGCGUUCUAGAGAUGAACCAUUCUGACGUUGUCACGCUCAUACAAGGAUUGCCCGUGGACUUUCGACUGGUUGUUGCCAGAAAACGAGAUUCUGCGGACGAGGAAGUCAUCGCAGCAGAGACUGAAAUGGAGGUGGAGAGUCAACCAAAUGAAACUGAAAGAGAAGAUAAUCCUUACGAAGAGAUUGCCAUAACAACUCCUAGUCCCAUGUUGUCAGCCUUGCCUGAUAGCCCCAGUCCCACUGGUCUCAAUGAGUCCGCUAUGUCUCAGCCCAUGUCCAUGUGGUCCGAUGAGAUCGAAUAUAUUGAGCUGGACAAGGAGGACAGAGGACUGGGAUUUAGUAUCCUGGAUUACAAGGACCCAGUCUCUCCUGAAAAAACAGUGAUUGUAAUUCGGAGUCUGGUACCCGGAGGUGUGGCAGAACAGGAUGGAAGAUUGAAGCCAGUUGAUCGACUGAUGUCUGUCAAUGACACCAAUCUGGAAAAUGCCUCCCUCAGCUAUGCUGUUGAGACACUGAAAGGGGCUCCACAAGGUAAAGUACGAAUUGGUGUCGCCAGGCCAAUCCCUGUUGAAGAUGAAGAGUAUGAAGAGACUCCACCAGAAACUGCAAGGUACAUGGGUGAACAGUUACUGGAAAGUAACACACAAAACGGAAGAGACAAUCAUGCUGCUUUAAUGGGCGACAUCGAAGUCGAAAAGGAGAGUGACAAUGACUUGAGUGACAGCGGAAGUGAACGUUCGUCCAAGUUUGACUUCGGUCCGCCAUUGUUGUUCUCAGGAGAUUCUAUCGAUAUGGACAGUUUGCCAGAGAAUAUCAAAUCUAGAAUGGAGACCAUAACCAUUCGAAGGCAGAUGGUUGGAAAAUUGGGUCUUACUUUGAAGGGAGACGAGGAUGGCUGUGGUUGUGUUGUCAAGUCAGUUUUGAGGGGAGGUGCUGUUGGACUGGACGGACGGAUUGGGGUCGGGGAUCAUCUUGUUGCUGUCAAUGAUGAAAGCAUGAUUGGACUCUCGGGACACAGAGCCAGGUCUGUUCUCAGGAAGCAAUCUUUGUUGAAGGACAUCGUGUUCACAUUCAUUCGCAGCGAGAUGACACCUGCACGGGCUAUUCAACAGUCCCCUUCGUCAUUCCUUGAAGACAGUUCUACGUCAUCGGUGCAUUCGUCCCAGUCUCUCGAGGCUGAAGCUGACCGAGAGCAGAAAAGGGACGGUGCCGAAGAGUACGACAUUCCAGACUCUUUAGAAAACCAGUCUGACCUGCUUCAACCGGUUAAACAACCAAUCUACAACGAACCUGGAGUCCAUGUGGUUGAACUCAACCGAGAACCUGACAGUGGACUGGGGAUAAGCAUCAUUGGUGGUAAAGCUGGCCCACAAGGCCAGGGCCUUAAAGGGAUCUUUAUCAGACACGUACUGGAGUCCAGUCCUGCUGCGCGUUUAGGAACGCUGGUGACUGGUGACCAGAUAUUGGAAGUUGAUGGGCACGAUCUACGUGACGCCUCGCAUGAUGAAGCUGUUGAGAUCAUCAAACGGGCUAAGAAUCCUGUGCGGUUUGUGGUCAAAACAGUGCCAACUUCCGGUUUAAUCCCCCCGCCCAAACCACCACGCAUGCCUGAACUCAGUGGUCUCAACAACGCGGAACCCAGUAAUGUGACCGUUACCAGUGCCAGGCCCUCAGCCGAGGCUGCCGAUCUAUCAUCAGACGAGUCGUUGAAGAAAGACAUCCCAAUUCCAACGAAGAAUCUAGCAGCUGAGGAACCAACUGCGAGCGUUGUUCAGGCUGAGGGAGUGAAGGCAGAAAUUGAAAGCAAACUUUUGAACCUGCCGACCAAGUUUAAUAUUGUCAGGAGCAACGAGGACAGGAAAAGGCAACUGAAAAUCAAGUACCCGGACGUUACUGGUGACUUUAUCUUUGUGGAUCUGGUUAAAGGGGGAACUGGAUUAGGUCUGAGUAUCGCGGGCGGAAAAGGUGCAGCGGCAAAUCGCAUUUUCGUCGUAGAUGUCAAACCAGGCGGGCCGGCGGAGAGAAAUGGACAAAUUAAACAAGCUGACGAGAUCCUUGAAGUGAAUGAAGUCUCCAUUCGGGGCUUGACUCAUUACGAGGCCUCUACGAUUCUGAAAAACACGCCACCUAAAGUCAACCUCGUAUUAGGCAGGUCCCAAGAAGCCGCUGAUUACCUCAGUCGAUCCAGGACACCGCCGGCUCAUGAAUCUCCCCGAGGCCAACAGUGGCCCGAACAGGAAGCAAAACAACUCAAUAUCCACUCCAUCGAGUCAUCUCCGACAACACCGAGGCGUGAGAUCGAAAGUCCACGACGAUCAGAGCCUAGUCCGCGCUCGAGUCCUCCGCCGGUUGCAGAGGGUAUUACCGUGUCACCAACCCUUUUACAAGAACUGUCUGGGGGUCAGAAAGUAGAACGCAUUGACUUUGUUAAGAGCCCAACUGGUCUUGGAUUUGCUGUUGUGGAAGGCCCAGGAUUUGGUGGAGGCCAAACAGGGAUUUAUGUCAAGGACAUUACUGACGGAGGACCUGCCCAAAAGGACGGGCGACUGAAAAAAGGAGACCAGUUGAUUGCAGUGGAUAAUCAACCAAUUGUGGGACUUUCUCAUGCUGAGGCCGUUGCCAUAUUGAAGAGAACCAAAGGAAAGGUGUCUCUUGUGGUUGCUAGGAAACAAACUCCACCCGGAGGUUCACCAGGAGCAGAAAAAUCAACUUCCGCCAAUUCAUCACCCAGGAGGGAGACCGGAAGUCCCCGUACACCAAGGAGAGGCCCUCCUGUUGCUACGAAACCAGCCAGGGAUUCAAUGUCAGACAGCAGCAAUCCAGGAAGUCCAAGAAAACAAUGGAGCCUUGAGAGAGUGCCAGCAGAAAUUGUACAGACCGGAAAUGGCCAGAGCGGUAGUCCUGCAGCAUCAAGAAGAGAGCCUGAGCAGUCCCAAGCAUUUGAGCCUGAAGUUCAGGUUGUUCAACAGUCUCCUAGACAAGCAGCAGUAGUUACACCAACGUUAAUCUCGUCUCCAAAUCCCCGCACUGCGCCGAUCAUUCCCGGUCAGGAAUGUGUGAUAGAGAUUCCCAAAGGCAACACAGGCCUGGGGCUGAGUAUCGUUGGAGGCGCGGAUACUCUGUUGGGUGCCAUAGUCAUUCAUGAAGUGUAUGAAGACGGAGCCGCAGCUAAAGAUGGCCGACUUUGGGCUGGAGAUCAGAUCUUAGAAGUCAAUUAUGUGGAUCUGCGAGAAGCCACUCACGAUAUGGCCAUCACAGCGUUGAGACAAACACCUGCUGUCGUUAGAUUGGCUGUUUUAAGGGACGAAUCACAGUUUAAAGAUGAAGAAGCCUUCGAGUACAUCACGCUCGACUUGAACAAAGUUCCCGGCCAGGGACUAGGUCUGAGUAUCGUGGGAAGAAGGAACGACACGGGAGUAUUUGUUUCAGACGUGGUGAAAGGUGGUAUCGCAGAGGCAGACGGUCGUCUUCAAGCUGGUGACCAGAUCCUCUCGGUCAACGGUGAGGAUCUUAAGAACGCCACUCAGGAUGUAGCAGCGGCUGCGCUCAAGCGCACUUCUGGCCGUGUUAUUCUUGAGGUGGCUCGUCUGAAGCACGGCACCAGUUCUAGGCCGUCCUCCAUGAGCAGUUUACCAAACAUGCAGCCUGGGACCGAAUCCCUGAGCAGCAUGGAAAAUAUUGCGGUUCAAAUCCCACUCGAUUUUGAACAGCAAGAAGUUGGCCCCUCAUCAGGUUCCGGUCUCCCUCCGGUCGGUCUGCCUCCGAGUUCUUCAAUGGUGCAGGAGGCUAUUGAACUAGUUCACUCUGACGAGGAAGGAGAAGAAAUGCCACUAGAAGCGAAGAUUAUUGAAUUAGAACGCGGUCCCGAAGGCCUGGGUUUCAGUAUCGUGGGUGGUCAUGGGAGUCCACACGGUGACCUGCCAAUCUACGUCAAAACCGUCUUCCCGACUGGCGCUGCGGCCCGAGAUGGGCGACUCAAACGCGGUGAUCAGAUUAUUGCUGUGAAUGGAGAGAGUCUUGUUGGAGUCGCCCAUGAAUCUGCCGUAGCCAUGCUAAAAAGGACCAAAGGACGAAUUAUUCUCACAGUACUUUCGUAAGCACUAAGACUAGAGUUACAAAGUGACCUUCGUGUUUCUAAGUGAAACUUAAAAGAGCUACGUCGCCAAAAAAGAAAAAAAAAUAGUUCGCAUUCUCAAAGGACAUAAAAUAAUAACUCGUUCAGAGAGAGAGAGAGAAAAUAUUACCUUGGUAAGAUAGAAAAACAUACAAGAGGCAAUUAUAACCAAGGAGGAAAAAGGAUGGCAAACGGUUAGGAAGGUUGGAAAGGAUUGCAAAUGAUAAACAUGAAGAAUUCAGGAAAAAUUUUUGCAAGACACUCAGUGGCCUGACGUAGCUCUUUUAAUGACGUGCCCAUGCUUUGUUUCGAUGUGGUCAGUAACACCUCAGUUACUACCUUUAAUUAAAGCGAAAACUUUGUUGGCUUUUUCUCAACAACUGUACAGUCUUCGUUUUGUUACCUAAGGAUGAAUUGUAAGAUUUUUUUUCAAGCUGAAAAUUCAAUUUUCGCAGAUUUAAUAAUCAUAUUGUUUAACUGUUUAUCAAGAUUUUUUUUGCAUAUAAUUAUUUUCUACAUCAUUAACAUAUGAAGACGCACGCCCAAUGACUACGUGUUUCGUAAACAAUUAUUUACUGGGACGGGUUUCUUUUCCUUCGAAAUACAACUUUUCUAGGGAUUACAUUUUGACGUUUUUUCAUUGCAAAAUGCAACACAUAUUGCUUUAACAUUUUAUUAAAUAAACUUGGAGGGGGGGGGAGAGUAUGGAAGAAAGAAAUUUGGGGUGUAUCAACUGAGUUCAUAGUGUAAAUUGGCCGCCGAACUAAGUUGUUACAACUAAAUGUUCCUUUAAUAAUUGCUUUUGUAAAAUGAUUCUAAGAACUGCAAAAUUAACGUGUGACGAAGAAAAGAGGCUUGGAGAGGCUUAUUUCUAGUUUUUCCAUUAAAGAGAAUGUAUUGGAGUUCUAAACUGAAUUUCAGUUUUUGUCUUACUUUCUCCUUUGCAAUGUCUUGACGGGUUACGCAAAUGCCACUUUGUUACAAAGAAACUAGAGCCAUUUCCGAGUUCCAACCCCCCCCCCCCCCAACCACACCUUAAAACAAGGACUUUUCAUUCAAAGCUUUGCAUUAUACACCGAUAUAAAGCAGAGGGAUUGGGAUUCUACUCAGAGGCCUCUCAAACGAGAGACUGGGUCCGAGAAGACAGAACACGCAGGAAAAUAAUUCGCAAAAAUGUUUAUUGACGCCUUGACUUAAGCUAAGACAUCUCUUUGAAAGCGUAACGUGACGAUAUCUUCAAACUGAUAUGAAUAGGAUUUAACUCGAAAAAAUAUAGUUUUUUUAAAUUUAAACUUAUAGCAUAAUCUCUAAUUUAUCAGAUACACAACUUGUAAGAGUCUUUUUCAUCGGACUCUUACAACUAUCCGUUACAGUUUGAUCUGUUUCUUCUUAACGGCAGCCUUUCAUUUCUCCAUGAUUUUGCUGAUUUUUUAAAAGCUGUAUUUCGUGUUUCAUGCAGUGAUAGGGAAUAAUUUAACAAAACCUGAUAAUUUCCGCCAAAUUAACCCUUUCACUCCCAAUUAUCCCCUCUAGCUGCUCCAUAUUUCUUUAUAAAUGAGUCAUGGGAAUUUCGUGUUAGAUCAUGAUAACAAAUUCUACCUGAAAAGUUUGAGUAUUCUUAGUAGCUGUUUGAUGAAAAAUAUAUGGAUAUUUUUGGGAGAAGUUAAAUGUUUAUCACUUCUGGAAGUUGGAAAGAUAAAGAGACGAGGUUGAGGAGUGUUACUAAGGGUAACUUCAGCAAUGACGAACUGGUCACAGAAUUUUCUUAGAAAAUCAGAUUUCAGUGCAUGUCGAUCGAGAGACAUGAAAUGAACACCAUGGUAAUUACAGGGUCAAAUCAGAAAAA